AUGUCAAGAUAUUAUCGAUCUCUUGGCCGAUCCGUUCAGAAAGCAGUCUCAAGAACAGAAUUCCAGUUGAUGCUUGAUCCGAGUCGAGCACAUCCAACUGUUUUUCAACCUUUCCGAUGGCAGGGGUUCGCUGAGCGCCACAAUAUCCCCAUCAUCUGGUUCUGGUUCAUCCUGAAGUUAUUGAAUGCCUUCUCUGGCCUCGCUGCAGAUGCUUUGAGAGGCCCGGAUGCUCCUGGAUUUUAUCUCGAGGGUUUGCAGUCGCCUUUUCAGCGAUCAGGUUCAGAAAGUCUUUCGGAACGCAACUGA